AUAUAUAUAAAAUUUCACAGUACUUCAAUGGAGGAUAAACCCAUUUUUGCUAUGAAAUCUCCCUUUUAAAUUUCGUUUGUUAAGCAUAUUUGCUUAUUUAUUUUAUUGCUUGGAGUUUAAGUGAUUAAAUGGAGUAAGUAAAGGAUCUGAUUCUGGGUUUGUUUGCAAGUCAAACAAUGGGUUCUGGUUUUUAUUGCUUUUAAGAGUCUUAAUUGGCUUAUUUAGCUCUUAAUCACUGUUAUUAGUGUUGAAUUUUUUUUUGUGAUUAUUGAUUUUUAGAUUUUUAUGAGCAUAAAAAGUGAUGAAUUUCUGGAUUUGGGUGUCUUAAAAUGAAGAAAAUGUUAGCUAUUUUCCAUUAUUUGAUUGCUCAUAUAUAUGUAUGUUUAUUGUUGUAGAUUUUGAUAAUUUAUAAUUUUUUAUUUAAAAAUUCUAAGUUAAUUGAUUUGAGAUUAAUGGAUCAAGAGGAAAGGUGUGAUAGGGUAGAAAUUAGUAAGAAUUCGAGUCAAAUUGACUCGAAUUCGAUUAAUGGGGCUGUUUUUGUGAAAAAUUCUGAUGAAAAUGCUGGUUUGAGAUUACAAAAUGAUGAAUUUGGAUCAUGUAAACAUGUGGAGAUUAGUUACGUGAGUGGAAUCGGUUCAGUUUCGAGUCAAAACGGUCAGAGUAUCGAGAAUUCGAGUAGUUUAGUCGAAGGAAAUAUAAACAAUGAUGUGGUAUCGAGUGAGGGAUCGAUUGAAACAAUCAAGACUAGAGUCGUCGAUGAAAGACUCAGUCGAGUCGGUGAUGAAUGUGUGGUUGAGACCAUUGUCGUGGUUGAGAGUAAUGGUGUAUUAGCAGAAAUGCCGGUUGGAAAGGUUGCUGAAAGAGAUGACUCGUGUGUCAUCGAUAUAAACGGAAGUAGCGGUGGCACGAGAUGGUUUAAGGAUAGUUACGACGGGGAAAGAGUUUGUCGGAUUUGCCAUUUGAACUCGGAGCAAUUGCUUGAAUCUAAUGAUAGUAUAUCAACUACUGCAGCUGUUACUGAUCUAAUUCUACUCGGUUGCGGGUGCAAAGACGAGCUCGGGAUUGCGCAUGGUCAUUGCGCCGAGGCUUGGUUUAAGCUAAAAGGAAACAGAAUGUGCGAAAUAUGUGGUCAAACAGCAAAGAAUAUCACUGGGGUUCGAGAUAACAGAUUUAAUGAAGAUUGGCAUGAACAAGGAUCUACAAGUGGAGUCGAUUUUAUUUCAUCCGAUCAGGGUACGGGAUGUUGGCGUGGACAACCGUUAUGUAACUUCCUAAUGGCAUGUCUGGUAAUAUCCUUUGUACUUCCAUGGUUCUUUCAUGUAAAUAUGUUUUAGUAUCACCAUUGUCGCCGGUUUCUCAAGUGGCUUCUCCUUCGGAAUUCGGGUGUAUACGAAAUUACUCGUCAGUCAUCACCGUGCUAUUAUAUAGGGAUGCACAUAUAGACAUCAAUAGACCUCGAUUCUUUCCUCGAGCCUCGAUGCAACAAAGUCAUCGUUGGCAUCGAGUCGUUAAGUAUCGGACCGGUCAGCAUAUCAGUUUAAACUUUUGGAUUUUUCAUUUAGGGGAAUCAAUUCCCAUUGUAUACAUUUGAAUGUAAGUCACAAAUUUGGUCAAAAUACAGAUUUCUAUAAUGAAAACUUAUACAUCUUUGGUUAUGAA